AUGGUCAUGAGUUUGCUCUUCGUGGUCGUCUUGGGACUGGCUAUCAGCAGCCCUGCUAAUGCAGCCCCAUUUUCUUCUAGGCGGAAUUCUGGAUCAACACGGAACAAACUGCUGCUCAUCUCUUUCGAUGGUUUCCGUUGGGAUUACGAUCAAGACGUGGAUACUCCCAAUCUGGAUAAAAUGGCCAAGGAUGGUGUGAAAGCGCAUUAUGUCACGCCACCCUUUCUUACCAUCACCAGCCCUACACACUUCACCCUGCUUACAGGACGUUAUAUCGAGAAUCAUGGAGUUAUCCAUAACAUGUGGUUCAACACGACGACUCAGGAGAAGAAGCAGUACUACAUGACGCAGUUUGUUGAUUCCUACUGGGACAACGGCAGCUUACCCAUUUGGAUAACAGCACAGAGACAGGGACGAAAAGCGGGCUCACUACAUUUUCCUGGCACAGCUGCGACCUACAAAGAAGAAACCGUGAGGGUAAAACAAGUGGAACCUCGUUUCUACGACCAUUCUAACGAGACCGAUUGGAGGCAAAACAUUGACAAAGUGAUCGGAGAGUGGUUCCACCGACAGGACUUGGAUUUUGUAUCCUUGUACUUUGGGGAACCGGACAAGGUUGGGCACAAAUACGGUCCAGAUUCCCCAGAGCGCCGGGAGAUGGUCCAGCAAGUAGAUCGAACCGUCGGCUACAUCCGGGACGAGAUUUAUUACCACGGUUUGACCGAUCGACUCAACAUCAUCAUCACCGCGGACCACGGGAUGACGACAGUAUUUCGGGGCGAACCGGUCCAGGAGAUUAUACUGUCGAAGAUCCCGGGCUUCAGCUUUUGGGAUGUCAAAUUCCAUCUGGUUGACUACGGCCCUACUGGAAUGCUGCUUCCUAAAGAAGGAAAGCUGGAGAAGGUCUACCAGGCGCUGAAGGGAGCCCACCCUCGUCUUCACGUGUAUAAGAAAGAGGAAAUGCCGGAAAGACUACAUUAUGGCAACCACCCUCGACUUCUUCCCAUAAUCCUCUUCGCCGAUCCGGGUUACGUGAUCAAUGGGCUGUUUCCUGUGCAGUUUCACAAAGGAGAGCACGGUUUCGACAAUCAAGUUUUGGACAUGAAGCCUUUCUUUCGGGCGGUGGGGCCUGACUUCCAACAAAACUUGGUGGUAGGGCCCUUUGAAACAGUCAAUGUGUACCCACUGAUGUGUCAUUUACUUGGGAUAGAUCCCGAGGUCAAUGACGGGCACCUUGACAUCACUAAGCACAUGCUGAGAAACACAGGAGGAGAAAACAAAAGUCAAGAACCCAACACUUGGUCACAAAUUACUGUUAGCUUAUCAGCAGUGACUGGAUUUCUGGUCUUGGUGUUUAUCGCGGCGACUUCCCACACCUUGUAUAAGAGGAACUCAGCAAAAAAGAGUUCCAAAGAGAGCUCCCCUGCUGAUGAAGAGGAAAACGAAAAGCAAACCAGUUUUUAA